UCAUUUUUUACCCCAUCAGCGAUUAAGACUAGAGUUGGAAGCCGCUCAGAAAAAAGAAACCGCUCGACGUUCGAGUGUUUUCAGGCGCAUUAGGCAUUCACUCGGGCAGCCGUGUUUCCGCGGGGUCCUUCACGUCCAGCUCCGAAGUGACUGCCAAUAAGCUCCAAGGAGUAGUACAGGGGGCAGGGCUAUCUCUUAAAGGAGCCGCACCCCGUUCACAGACCAGAGGGUGACCCGAAUGAUGGCGGCCAGCGCGGCCCUAGCCCUGGCCUUAUGGCUUGCAUGAUCCAAGACGGCGAGUUCACGUUCCUUUUGCCCGCGGGGAGGAAGCAGUGUUUCUAUCAGUCAGCGCCGGCCAAUGCAAGCCUCGAGACGGAGUACCAGGUGAUCGGAGGUGCUGGGUUGGACGUGGACUUCACGCUGGAGAGCCCUCAGGGUGUGUUGUUGGUCAGCGACUCACGCAAGGCUGAUGGGGUGCACACGGUGGAGCCCACGGAGGCCGGAGACUACAGGCUGUGCUUCGACAACUCCUUCAGCACCAUCUCGGAGAAGCUGGUGUUUUUCGAACUCAUCUUUGACAGUUUGCAAGAUGAUGAGGAGGUUGAGGGCUGGGCGGAGGCCGUGGAGCCCGAGGAGAUGUUGGAUGUCAAAAUGGAGGACAUUAAGGAGUCCAUCGAGACCAUGCGGACCCGGCUGGAGCGCAGCAUUCAGAUGCUGACCCUGCUGCGGGCCUUCGAGGCCCGCGACCGGAACCUGCAGGAGGGCAACCUAGAGCGGGUGAACUUCUGGUCGGCCGUCAAUGUGGCCGUGCUGCUGCUGGUGGCCGUCCUACAGGUCUGCACGCUUAAGCGCUUCUUCCAGGACAAGCGCCCCGUGCCCACGUAGCCCGUGCCCGGAAGGAAGGACCGGGAAAAGGAGGGGCAGGUGCGUGGGAGUUCGAGGUCCCCUCUCCCCGGGGCCGUUUCCAGCGAGAAGGGAGGCUGUACAGUAUCGGGGUCUGACGUGUGUCCCCGGGGCGUCUGCUCUCCUCCUGGGCAGGCAGAGGACACUGCCAGCUGGCAGGCCGGGGCCCUCAGAGGCUGGCUGGCCGCACUGAAUCAUGUGUAGUGGGGACACUCCGGCGUUGGAAUGGAAGCCGUGGACUUCUGGCCCCUCUUGUCAAUGUGCCUUAGCCCAAACCUUCUAGGUGACAUCAGCGCUGUGGUCCAGGACGGGAGGGAAGCCUUCUGUCCCUUGCCCUUUCCACCUGGACCCGUGCGCCAGGCCGUGGUGGGAGGGGCCCGCUGCAGUGAAGGCCCCGUCCCUUCCUCUGUGUCCAGCCUGGGCGAGGCCUGCAGUGCCAGGGGCCAGGAAGGAGACUCGGCUGCGGUGUUCUUGCCAAGACAGUCACUUUAUUGGCCAGGAAGGGGCCCUAGCCCCCUGGCCCAGUGGGGGGCCAGCUGCUUGUGAGAUCUGAUAACAGAACUCCAGAAGGGGGCGCCUACCACGCCUCCCUGCAGGGUGCCCCCCCCAAAGUCGGCGCAGGAGCCUCGGGGAACAAAGAGCAGUCUGGCCCAGGCACCACCGGAGUCAAUAAAUUAUGGUGAGAAAAGUCA